UUGCAUAUUUCAUUUCCAUAUAUUCUCUCUCUUUGUUUUUUAACACUCUGUCUCGUUUGUUUUUCGUUUGAGAUCCAUUUUGAUUAUUUGUCUUUGAAAGCGAGAAAAAGAAGAGAAAAAAAUGUUGGCCAUAUUCAACAAGGAAAUGGUUCAGCCACCUCAGGAGCUGAACAGCCCAUCCAUGGAUUCUUCAAAGAAGCCCAAGCUUCCUCAACACAUCCUCCAGGAUUUCCUUUCCGACCAUCCAAACGAUGCUUUCUCAAUUACCUACGGAAGCAAAGCGUUGCUUGCUUAUACUCCGCCACGAAUGACUUGCUUCAAGGGUCAGAGGAUGUUCUGUGGGUUGGAUGGGUUAAACUGCAUUUUCAUAGGGAGUCUAAUAAACCUGAGCAGUCUGAUAAAGCAGUAUGGACUAUCAAAGGGCGCAAAUGAGGCUAUGUUUGUGAUCGAGGCCUACAGGACACUGCGUGACAGAGGGCCCUACCCAGCAGAUCAGGUGCUUAAGGAUCUUGAUGGAAGCUUUGGGUUUGUGGUCUAUGACAGCAAGACUGGAACUGUAUUUGCUGCAUUGGGUUGUAAUGAAGAAGUUAGCCUGUAUUGGGGCAUUGCAGCAGAUGGUUCUGUGGUGAUAUGUGAUAGCUUGGAGCUCAUAAAAUCUAGUUGUGCUAAAUCAUUUGCUCCUUUCCCAAAUGGCUGUAUGUUCCAUAGUGAACAUGGGUUGAUGAGCUUUGAGCAUCCUAAAAGAAAGAUGAAGGCAAUGCCAAGGAUUGAUAGCGAGGGAGUAAUGUGUGGGGCCAACUUCAAGGUUGAUGUCCAAUCAAUGAUUCACACCAUGCCACGAGUGGGCAGCGAAGCAAACUGGGCAACAUGGGGUUUCAAUGCUUAACUAGUGAAUUCAUCAUAUAGUUUAAUGACAUGAGCAAAAAGCUAGUUCUAUAUUGGAGUUUGUACUUCCUGCUUCAUGCUUAUUUUCCUUUUUCUUUUCAUUACUUUGUACAAAUUCCAUUCUUCUUUAAUAAAAGACGUUUUCUUUA